UGACAAGUUGACAAAUGACAACGUUGUUUUGUCAAACAUUUCUUUUUCAAAACAUUUCUUGUUGGCGUCCUCUGUCUUGUAGUUUAAAAUGUUAAAUGUUAUUCCUACGUAGAAAGGUAUUUUAAAAGGAACCAAAAUGUCGCUCGAAAUACCAUUGAUGAACACGGAUGAGGUGAUCGAAUUGGAUCCAGAGCAGUUACCAUCGGGGGAUGAAGUACUUAGUAUAUUACAACAAGAACGUCCUCAAUUAAAUGUUUGGAUUAAUGUCGCGCUUGCAUACUACAAGCAAAAGAAAAUAGAGGACUUCCUUAAAAUCUUAGAAGCGUCCAAAGAUUAUGGAAAUCUUGACUACCGAGAUUAUGAGAGAGAUCAAAUGCGGGCCCUUGACAUGGUGGCUGCAUACUAUGUGCAGGAAGCAAACAAGGAGAAGUCUAAGGACAAAAAGAAAGAUCUGUUCACUAAAGCCACAUUCUUCUAUACUAUGGCAGACAAGAUUAUCAUGUAUGAUCAGAACCAUCUGCUUGGCCGAGCAUAUUUUUGCCUUUUGGAAGGUGAUAAAAUGGAACAAGCAGAUGCUCAAUUCAAUUUCGUACUUAAUCAAUCACCUAACAAUGUACCGUCUUUACUGGGAAAAGCAUGUAUAGCAUUCAAUCGCAAAGACUACAGAGGUGCUUUAGCAUUUUAUAAGAAAGCUCUGAGAACUAAUCCAAACAGUCCAGCUGCUUUACGCCUUGGAAUGGGACACUGCUUUAUGAAAUUGAACAACCAAGAAAAAGCCAGGAUGGCUUUUGAAAGAGCUUUACAGUUAGACCCACAGUGUGUCGGAGCCUUAGUAGGGUUGUCAAUACUAAAGUUAAACCAACAGGAGAAUGAGUCAAAUAAAAUGGCUGUUAUCAUGUUGUCAAAAGCUUAUGCUAUUGAUCCUAAAAACCCUAUGGUGUUGAAUCAUCUUGCUAAUCAUUUCUUCUUCAAAAAGGACUAUGGAAAAGUAUUGCAUUUAGCAAUGCACGCUUUUCACAAUACCGAGAAUGAGGCGAUGAGUGCAGAGAGUUGUCAUCAUUUAGCUCGCGCAUUCCAUGCCCAGGGAGAUUGCGAUCAGGCCUUCCAAUAUUAUUAUCAGGCAACACAGUUUGCUCCACCUAACUUUGUGUUGCCACAUUAUGGACUUGGACAAAUGUAUAUUUAUAGAGGGGAUACUGAAAAUGCCGCACAAUGCUUUGAGAAAGUGCUCAAAGCUCAACCAGGGAACUAUGAAACAAUGAAAAUUCUAGGAUCAUUGUAUGCCAACUCACCAUCACAGUCAAAGCGAGACAUAGCUCGGCAACAUCUGAAGAAAGUCACCGAACAGUUUCCAGAUGAUGUAGAGGCGUGGAUUGAAUUGGCACAGAUAUUGGAACAGAAUGAUUUACAGGGUUCCCUAAAUGCGUAUAGUACAGCGAUGAAAAUCUUAAAAGAUAAGGUAAAUGCAGAUAUACCAGCGGAAAUAUUGAACAAUGUGGCAGCCCUACAUUACAGACUCGGCAAUCUUAAUGAAGCCAUGAAAUAUUUAGAAGAAGCUUUGGAAAGAGAGAAAGCAGAUGCAAAAACCUUGGAUGCGCAGUAUUAUAAUUCAAUAGCGGUUACAACUAUGUACAAUUUGGCGAGAUUGAAUGAAGCACUUUGUAUAUACAAUAAAGCUGAGAAGUUAUAUAAAGAUAUACUCAAAGAACAUCCUAAUUAUAUUGAUUGUUAUUUAAGGUUGGGCUGCAUGGCGCGAGACAAGGGGCGCAUCUACGACGCCUCGGACUGGUUCAAGGAGGCGCUGAAGGUGAACACGGAGCACCCGGACACGUGGUCUCUGCUCGGCAACCUGCACCUCGCACAGCAGGAGUGGGGCCCCGGACAGAAGAAGUUCGAGAGGAUCCUGCAGAACUCCGCCACCUCUACUGAUGCUUACUCCUUGAUCGCACUCGGUAACGUAUGGCUGCAAACAUUACAUCAGCCAUGUCGUGAGAAGGAGCGCGAGAAGCGGCACCAGGAGCGAGCACUCGCCAUGUACAAGCAGGUGCUGAAGAACGAUCCCAAGAACAUCUGGGCAGCUAACGGCAUAGGAUGUGUCUUAGCGCACAAGGGUUGUAUAAACGAGGCGCGCGACAUCUUCGCGCAGGUGAGAGAGGCGACGGCGGACUUUCCCGAUGUAUGGAUGAACAUCGCCCACAUAUACGUCGAACAGAAACAAUAUAUUAACGCCAUACAAAUGUACGAGAACUGCAUCCGCAAGUUCCGUAUGCAGCACGACGAGGAGUGGCUGACGUGGGUUGCGCGUGCGCACGGGCUGGCGGGGCGGCCACACGCGGCACGCGCGGCGUUGCUCCGUGCACGCCGCGUGGCGCCGCACGACCCCGCACUGCUGUACAACACCGCGUUAGCGCUGCGUCGUCUCGCCGCACAUGUUCUCAAAGAUGAAAGAUCAGAACUAGCGGUGGUGCUGCGAGCUGUACACGAGUUGCAAGUCUCACAUCGGUACUUCCAAAGGUUAUCAUCAGUGGGCGGCGAGGGCCAGGAGAGGACUCGGUUCGAGGGUAGCGCGGCUGCUGCGGAGGCUCGCCAGUGCGCAGAUCUGCUCUCGCAGGCGCAGUGGCAUGUCGCAAGAGCACGUCGACAGCACGACGAGGAGCUCACGCUGAGGGACAGGCAGCGGGAGCAGCGCGAGGCCUUCCGCAGGCAACAGGAGGAGGAGCGCAAGCGUCGCGAGGAGGAGCAGGCGAAGAGCACAGUGGAGAUGCUGCAGAAGCGGCAGGAGUUCAAGGAGAAGACGAAAAACGCGCUGGUGUUCGCCGACAUGCCGGCGGAGGGCAAGUCGCGAGCGCGUGGUCGACGACGCGACGAGUACGUCUCCGACUCGCCCGCCAGUGGCAGCGACGCGCCGCGAGAGGAACGUCGCGAGGCUAAGCAGAAGAAGAGUCGUAAGCGCGAGGGUGGUGAGAGCCGCAAGGGUAAGUCGCGACGUCGGCGAGAUCGCCCCUCCGGCAGCGACAGUGACCCGCCUGCCAAACGCGGCAGGAAGAAGGGCGAGAAAGGUAUCGGCAAACGUGAGAAAGGCUCUAAAGGGAAGGCCGACGAAAAGGUCGGCACGAAGUUACGCACGAAGAUAGUGUCCAAAGAGACGAUCUCAACGUCCGAGUCGGACUCGGAGGCGUCUCGCAAGUCGCGCAGUCGCAGUCGCAGUCGCAGCGGCAGUCGCAGUCGCAGCCCGCCAGCUACCAAAGGCCGCAAGAGAAUUGUAUCCGCGUCUGACAGUGAUCGAUCACGUUCGAAAAGCCGCUCCAAAUCGCGUAGCCGUUCACGCUCUGGUUCUGCGAAAAGUCGCUCUCGCUCUAAAAGUAAAUCACGCUCAAAGAGCCGAUCUCGGUCUAAGAGCCGCUCUCGCUCUAAGAGUCGUUCUCGCUCCAAGAGUCGAUCUCGAUCAAAAAGCGGAUCUAAGGGCCGUUCCCGCUCCAAGAGUCACUCCCGUUCGAAGAGUCGAUCGCGCUCCCGAUCAAAGAGCGGAUCAAGGUCCAAAAGCCGUUCAAGAUCCAGAUCACGAUCAAGGUCUCGUUCGCGGUCCAAGAGCGGUUCCAGAAGUCGGUCCGGUUCCCGGUCUCGUUCCGGCUCGAGGUCUAGGUCUGGGUCUAGGAACUCCAGACCAGAGACGCCCGUGUCUAGGAAAUCUGUUUCUGCAAGUGAAGACGAGGCGUAAAUUAACCACACUGCAUAUCUAUAUAAAUUUAAUUUACCGUUGUGGUAUUAAUGCCCAUGGUUACGUUUUCAGUGUAUUAUAAUAGACAUA